GGUGACUCCUUUCUCCUCACGGACGCCGCCGAGUCAGCAUCGUCGAGGUUUCGUGGAUUUUCUUUUUUUUUUUUUAAUCUCCAGCCGUCAUGGUGAAGUCGGAGUCGUCCCCUAAAGAGCCCGAACAGCUACGGAAGCUCUUCAUCGGAGGCUUGAGCUUUGAAACGACCGAUGAAAGUCUGAGAAGCCAUUUUGAGCAAUGGGGCACCCUGACAGACUGUGUGGUAAUGAGAGAUCCCAACACCAAGCGAUCUCGAGGAUUUGGGUUUGUCACGUAUGCCACAGUGGAGGAAGUGGAUGCCGCCAUGAAUGCAAGGCCCCACAAAGUGGAUGGGAGAGUUGUGGAACCAAAGAGGGCUGUCUCCAGAGAAGAUUCUCAAAGACCUGGUGCUCACUUAACUGUGAAAAAGAUUUUUGUGGGUGGCAUUAAGGAAGACACGGAAGAGCAUCACCUAAGAGAUUAUUUUGAACAAUAUGGGAAAAUUGAGGUGAUUGAAAUCAUGACUGACCGGGGUAGUGGCAAGAAGAGAGGCUUUGCUUUUGUGACAUUUGAUGACCAUGAUUCCGUGGACAAGAUUGUCAUUCAGAAAUACCAUACUGUGAAUGGCCACAAUUGUGAAGUAAGAAAAGCCCUGUCUAAGCAAGAGAUGGCCAGUGCUUCAUCCAGCCAACGAGGUCGAAGUGGCUCUGGAAAUUUUGGUGGUCGUGGAGGAGGUUUUGGUGGGAAUGACAACUUUGGCCGUGGAGGAAACUUCAGUGGGCGAGGUGGCUUUGGUGGCAGCCGAGGUGGUGGUGGAUAUGGUGGCAGUGGGGAUGGCUAUAAUGGAUUUGGCAAUGAUGGUGGUUAUGGAGGAGGCGGUCCUGGUUACUCUGGAGGAAGCAGAGGCUAUGGAAGUGGUGGACAGGGUUAUGGAAACCAGGGCAGUGGCUAUGGCGGGAGUGGCAGCUAUGACAGCUAUAACAACGGAGGAGGCGGAGGCGGCUUUGGCGGUGGUAGUGGAAGCAAUUUUGGAGGUGGUGGAAGUUACAAUGAUUUUGGCAACUACAAUAAUCAGUCCUCAAAUUUUGGACCCAUGAAGGGGGGAAACUUUGGAGGUCGAAGCUCAGGCCCCUAUGGUGGUGGAGGCCAAUACUUUGCCAAACCACGAAACCAAGGUGGCUAUGGCGGUUCCAGCAGUAGCAGUAGCUAUGGCAGUGGCAGAAGGUUUUAAUUGCCAGGUAAGUAAACCCCUUUUUGCAGUUGAAUUUGAUUUUUUUUAAUUAUUGCUAAUGAGCCCAGUAACCCUAAUGUAGCUGAGCAGUGCAACAUAGUUAACAUAAUAAUUGCAGUAAAAAUUAUGAAUUUUAAGUUAAUAUUCAGAUCAGCAAAAGAUUUGUGGGAAACAACUUGCUAUUGGAUUGUAGCCUUGAGUCUUAAUAUGUUUAGAUUAACAACUUUAUUCCAUAUUGUUCAACAGGAAACAAAGCUUAGCAGGAGAGGAGAGCCAGAGAAGUGACAGGGAAGCUACAGGUUACAACAGAUUUGUGAACUCAGCCAAGCACAGUGGUGGCAGGGCCUAGCUGCUACAAAGAAGACAUGUUUUAGACAAUAUUCAUGUGUAUGGGCAAAAAAACUCGAGGACUGUAUUUGUGGCUAAUUGUAUAACAGAUUAUUUUAGUUUCUGUUCUGUGGAAAGUGUAAAGCAUUCCAACAAAGGGUUUCAAUGUAGAUUUUUUUUUGCACCCAUGCUGUUGAUUGCUAAAUGUAAUAGUCUGAUCAUGACGCUGAAUAAAUGUCUUUUUUUUUUUAAUGUGCUGUGUAAAGUUAGUCUACUCUGAAGCCAUCUUGGUAAAUUAACCCAACAGUGUGAAGUUAGAAUUCUUCAGGGUGAUGCCAGGUUCCAUUUGAAAUUUAUUUAUAUCCUGCUUGGGCAGAGAAGCCAUGGUCUUCAGAAAUUUUGGUGUAGAUGAACUGACAGUUUAUUCCUGUAUUAUGACCCUGGAAUUCAUUAUUAAAGGGGUCACCCAAGCAGUCAAUAAAGUUUUAUUUGGUUUUUAAUGAUUGUUGGCACAUCCUAUGCAAUAUACCCAAAUUGAAUUAUGGUACCAGAUAAAAUUAUGGAUGGGAAUGAAGUUUGUGUAUCAUCCAUUAUCAUGUGUAAUCAAUAAACGAUUUAAUAUCCUCUUGAA